GUUCCUCAGAUGUAUCACUUGUAUCCCCCUGGGGAGAAUGUGUUGAAAAAUUCUUCUGCAUUGCUUUAUGUAUGUCUGAGAUCUUCUGAGAUAUUUAGCUUGAAUUAUAAUUUGUAAGGAGGUCAAUAUAAUUUAUAAUUCCCUUCACUACUGAGCUGAGUCAUUUAAGAAUCAUAGUAUGUCAUUGUAGUUUUGAUUGCUCAGGCAUACUUCAUUAAAUACCGACCUCUCACAUAAUUCCCAAUCUUAAAAGAUUUCUCUCUCUCUCUCUCUGUGUGUGUGUAUGUGUGUGUGUUUUUAUGCGACAUUCAUAUAUUGUUUUAUAUAUUUGGUAUUUUAUUUCCAGAAAACAUACAGAACAAACCUUCUAUUGGCCUACCAGAGCUUUGGUGUUGUGUUUGGGGACUUGACCAUUUCCCCCAUCUAUGUAUACAAAAGUACCUUCUCUGGAAAAUUACGCCUUCAUGAAGAGGAUGAUGAAGUUCUCGGGAUCCUCUCUCUUGUGUUUUGGACUUUAACUCUGAUUGCUCUCUGCAAAUACACAGCCAUUGUUUUAGGAGCAGACGAUAAUGGUGAAGGGGGAACAUUUGCUUUGUAUUCAUUGCUGUGCCGGAACUCAAAGAUGGGUCUUUUGCAUGCCCAGCAUGCAGUUCCUGAGCACUUGGCUGCUUAUAAUCCUGGGACGUCUGGUAAAGAGACUAAAACUACUUUGAUUAUAAAGAACUUCUUCGAGAAGCAUCAGAGCUCUCGCAUCCUACUGUUGCUUUUUGUACUCAUGGGAACUAGUAUGGUUGUGGGAGAUGGUGUUUUGACCCCGGCAAUGUCAGUCCUUUCUGCAGUAUCAGGCCUCGAAAUCAAAUUCCUGGAGCUACAUGAAAAUUACUCCGUGUUUAUUGCUUGUCUUAUUAUAGUGGCCCUUUUUGCCUUACAACACUAUGGAACACAUCGUGUCGGCUUUCUUUUUGCACCAAUUCUUAUUGCUUGGUUGGCCUGCAUCGGUGGGUUAGGCAUAUACAACACAAUCAAGUGGAAUCCUAGUGUUGUUCGUGCUAUAUCUCCAUAUUACAUUUAUAACUUUUUCAAGAAGGCGGGGAAGGAUGGCUGGAGUUCACUUGGAGGUGCUGUCCUUUGUAUCACAGAUGGCAUUUACAUGGAUAGUUUAUCCCUGCUUGUUACUGGCAUACAUGGGGGAAGCUGCUUACCUAUCAAAGCACAAGGAGGACCUCGAAAGAAGCUUCUUCAAAGCCAUCCCAGAAGGCGUAUUCUGGCCAGUAUUUGUCAUUGCAACAUUAGCCACCAUUGUUGGUAGCCAGGCGAUAAUUUCUGCCACCUUCUCCAUAAUCAGUCAGUGUAGGGUAUUUGGUUGCUUUCCUCGAGUU